CUGGGCGGGUUAAAUUUCAAUGUGAGAAGCUGAGGCCUUGGCGGUGGGCUGUGGUUUACGAGCCUGCUGCAGCGAAAGGUGGCAGGGGAGGAGAUAGGCGCAGAAAAACGGCUUGCUGCGGGAGAGCAUAGCGCUCUAGAGGGACCGGGGACUUAACUCACGGACUUAUCGGCCGUGCCACUUGCGCUCUUCAUUGACCUAGAAAAGGCCUGAAGUGGGACUGAAACAAGAGGGCGCAGUUUGCAGACUGUAAAGUGGGUCUUGCUAAUGAAUCUUAAUAAUAAAUAGUGCAGACUCUAGGCCAGGCAUUGUUCCCCGCUUCACGGUUAAAUCUUGCAACCACGCUGUGAGCUGGGCACUAUUAUUUGCACCCUUCAGAGGUGGAAACCACAGAGGUAGAGUCCUCAGAGACAGCUGUGGCUUUGGGAGUCGGUCUGGUUUUAGAGUCGGUGCUCUUCCCACCAUGCUCUGCCGCCUCCCAUUCUCGUUAAUUGUAACUUCAAGCUACUCAGCUUCGUAGGAAAUGGGGAGUGUUUUGUUACUUACAAGGGCUCCUUCAAAUGUAACAGUAGGUAACAGAACCGGCUUGGUGGCCCACUAGAGCGUCACUUUAGGGCUUGCCAGAUUUACAAGAGUCUGGAGAAUGGAGUAGUAUCAGGACGUGGAAUCUGGAGAGUGGAAGUGGUAUAAGGACCCUUAGAAGAUCUUCCAAGACCCCAGAUACUCAGUUUUACCUGACUUCUGCAUGUUGUCAUCUCGUGUACGCCUGGUGCCCACGACAGUCCGCCGAAUCCAUUCCCCGAUCUGCACUUCUUCCCGUUCCUUCAUGGAUCUAAAGGCUGUCCUUUCCUCCUUGAAUGACUUUGCAUCCCUCUCCUUUGCUGAGAGUUGGGACAAUGUUGGAUUACUGGUGGAACCAAGCCCACCACACACUGUAAACACGCUCUUCCUAACCAAUGAUUUGACAGAAGAAGUGAUGGACGAGGCGCUGCAGAAGAAGGCAGAUCUCAUUCUCUCCUACCAUCCGCCUAUUUUCCGACCUAUGAAGCGCAUCACCUGGAAAACCUGGAAAGAGCGCCUGGUGAUCCGGGCGCUGGAGAACAGGGUCGGCAUCUACUCUCCUCACACGGCCUAUGAUGCUGCUCCCCAGGGAGUCAACAACUGGCUGGCUAAAGGGCUUGGAGUUUGCACCUCCAGGCCCAUCCAUGCUUCCAGAGCUCCUGACUACCCCACGGAGGGAACACACAGAGUAGAAUUCAAUGUUACCCACACCCAAGACCUGGACAAAGUCAUUUCUGCAGUGAAAGGAAUUGCAGGUGUAUCUGUCACUUCUUUUUCUGCUAGGACUGAUGAUGAAGAACAAACACGGCUCAGUCUGAAUUGUACUCAACAAGCUUUGAUGCAGGUGGUGGCUUUUCUUUCCCAGAACAAACAAUAUUAUCAGAAGACUGAAAUUCUGUCACUGGAGAAGCCUCUGCUUCUACAUACUGGGAUGGGACGGUUAUGCACCCUGGAUGAGUCUGUCUCCUUGGCAACCAUGAUUGAGCAAAUCAAAAGUCACCUAAAACUGUCUCAUGUUCGCCUUGCUCUUGGAGUAGGGAAGACCUUAGAGUCCCCAGUCAAAGUCGUGGCCGUGUGCGCUGGUUCUGGGAGCAGCGUCCUUCAGGGAACAGAGGCCGACCUUUACCUCACAGGUGAGAUGUCCCAUCAUGAUGUUCUAGAUGCUGCUUCCCAAGGAAUAAAUGUGAUCCUCUGUGAACACAGCAACACUGAACGAGGCUUUCUUUCUGAUCUUCGAGAUAUGCUGGGUGCUUACUUGGAGAAUAAGAUUAAUAUUAUCGUGUCAGAAAUAGACAGGGACCCUCUUCAUGUGGUAUAAUGCAUGCAGGAACAACCAGAUGACACAAUCUACAAAUCGAAUGGCUCCCACCUCAAAUGCAUAACAUCAAUCAGCGGGGUAUCCUUCUGAAAGAAUGUCUUAGAAGGUACAUUAUCAUUUCUGGUUUCUUGAUCUGCUUCACCAGAUGUUCUGUAGCUCAGAAGGUAAAAACAAUAAUAUAAGAACCAUUAAAGAACAAUUAUUAUAAAGAACAAAUUAAAGAAUA